AUGGAUGCAAAGAUUGAAUCUAUAGAGAAAAAUGACACAUGGGAGUUGACAUACCUUCCAUGGGGGUUGGAUACUAUUCGAUUGGUUGUAUCCAUAGCGACACAGAAUUCAUGGCCCAUCUUUCAACUUGACGUGAAGUCCACUUUCCCACAUGGUGACCUUCAAGAACAAGUGUACAUUGAGCAGCCUUCCGGGUAUGUCAAACAAGGAAAUGAGGAGAAGGUGUACAGGCUAAAUAAGGCUUUACACAUACUGAAACAAGCACCUCGAGCUUGGUACAGUCUUGUAGAUGCGUAUUUUGCUAAAUAA